AGGAAGCGGCCAGCAACGGGACAGCGGAUACUGCGCGCACAGCUCGAGAGCGGAAGAGGGACUGAUGAUGGCUUCUAUCACCCGAAGAACGUCGUCGCCGGUCGCAUCUACAAGCUGCCACUUGAUUCAUCUCGCCGUGGUGGCUAUGGCAGCCUGCUGCAUGCUGACGUCGGCGGAAGAAUUCGUCGCCUCUGCUCGUGUGCUCGUUGACGCUGGGACGAUCGAAGCUGGAGUAUGGGGUUCCCCAUUGGAGACCAGCACAACUGGCUCCGUUGCCAGCGGCGGUCGUUCGAAUCCCCACACUGCAUCCUCUUCCGCAGGGGCUGCUGGCGAUGGCGAAGGGGCGAAUCUCGAAGCAACCGAGGCACGUGGAGAUUCGGAAGGAGGUUCGGCGCCUGGGACCACCACCCGCUCUGCUGCCUCUGAGUCCCACUGGGAAGAAGGAGGUGAACGUGGCACAGCCACAGCCGCAGGACCUUUCACUCGAAACUCGGGUGCGGGCGUAGCGGCGAGCAAGGACACCAGGAUUAUUAACUUAGCAGCAACGGCAAAGAGUCUGACGGCAACUGGCGCUGCGCGCCGAGCAGGAGCUUGCACGGGCUCGCACUCGGCCGUGCGUGCUCGUUCUGCUUUGGGACUGCUAACCUCCUCCACGACAACGGCGGAAAGAAGUUCCGAUAGGCGUUCUGCACAGGCAGCCAGCAGAGGUGGAUCUAGUUCUACUGAUUGGGGUGUUAAUGAGCCCUUUAUGGGCGGCGAUCAGGCAGCCGGAGAUACCGAGGAGGGCACGAGUGUGGGCUCAACAGUCGCUCGAGGAACAGGAACUCUGCAUCCGUCGGGCAACGAUGUCGACGAAGCAAUGGGUGCCGCCAACGGCGGCUAUGGCGAUGCCGGUGAAGCGACGACAGGAAGUAAGCGGAGUCGCACCCCUGCAGUGGCUAUGGCGUCGCCCGCUCUUUCUGGAGGUUCCAGCUUCGCUCGCGAUGACGAUUUUUCCACCAUGAUGGCCGAAAAUGGACGUCCAAGCGCCGAACCAGUCACAACAACUACCCCGUCAAACCCCUCCAGGUCGACGGUAGGAGGUAAGGGGGCAUUGCCGGGACCACCACCGGGCGACGACAUCGUGCCUCAACGCGCGCCCACGCUGAGCACGGCUCAGCAAACAGGGAAAGAUGGGGAUGCCCCGACUGGAGGGCUUGUGACAGAGAAAGCUCCCCAGGGGGAAUUGGACGGCCACGUCAGCGAGAUUGUGCGUGGCACCACCUCCCCCCCUCAGGCUGGGAAUCAUCAACGGGUCGUCGUCGCAAUGCCAAAGCCGCGUGAUGAGCUAUCUGCUCGCCCCCCGCAAGUUGGAAGUCCGGUGCCCGAAUCCGAACCAAAUAACCUUGCGACGGACACUCUAGCGCAUCAGCGGCGGAGUAUGCCUGUGCCGCCGCCGAGUGUUUCCGCAAUUAUACCCCCUGCACUCCACGUGUCGGGAUCCCUGCCGUCUGUUUCGACUGCGGCCCCGCCGUCGUCUCCGGGGCCGACUCCCCCCAGGUUAAAUGUCACAAGAAGUGGACGAAAUGUCACGCUCUUUCGCAAUUCGACAGCACCGAGUAUCAGCGCUCCUGCCCCCGCUCCCCCUCCCCCGUCCAGUCCCUCUGUAUAUCCCUUCAUUUCCGCUGCCUCUCGAUCAUCUCCUGAAUCGCGAGCUCCGGAUGGAGGAGGUGACAGUGACGCUGCCUUCAGUGCAGCGAUGGCCAAGACCGACACAUCCGGCGGAUUCUCUCUGAGUUUCAGUGGGAGCAUCUGCCGUUCGAUCGUGCUCCUCUCGAGCGUACUGAUCGCCCGGAUUGGACUCGUCGUUGCUGGCGGUUUGUCCGCUUGAUUUGUGUGCACUUUGGCCGCAACGGAGCU